AUGACAGGUGCAACAUGCAUUGAACUUACCAGUGUCCCACCACAGGAUGAGGUCAGGUUAAAUGAUGAAGAUAUUGAACAGUUGCUUUGCGAGGCUGAGGAUCGCUUGAGGCCCAGUGAUGCUAGGGUCAAUGCUUCCAAUGCCGAUAGCUUGACCAAUGUGGGUUUGGAAGCAACCUCAGUUCAUAUCCCUAAGUUGGCCCCAGGAGGCUCCCUAAGGCCAUAUGUCCGUCAACAAGAUGAUGUUGCAGUUGUGGAUGGUGCCAUCGGAGCAAUGAAUAGCCCCAGCGUCAGAUCGCCACUCGAGAUGCGACCGACUGGAUCUAAAUCAAAGCCAAGUUCCAAGGACAAACCCACAGCUGGCAGCGCUUGGUUCGACCUUCCAAAGACGGAGUUGACCACAGAACUCAAGAGAGACCUGCAGUUGCUUCGAAUGCGCUCGGUAUUAGAUCCAAAGAGGCAUUACAAGAAGGAGGGCGGCAAAGCACGCCCUCCUCAGUAUUCUCAAGUGGGAACCAUCAUCGAAGGUCCGACUGAGUUUUUCAGUAGCCGCAUCGCUAAAAGGGAUAGAAAGAAGACUUUCGUUGAGGAAGCACUGGCAGCGGAGCAAGGAAACAAGCGAUUUGAGGCUAAGUACAAGGACAUCCAGUCUCUCAAGCAGAGCGGCAAACGUUCCUACUACAACAAUUUGCGAGCGAAACGGAACACGAGGAGCAAGUGA